AUGGAUAUUGGGUUCAAGGUGACUAAACCGCAGAGGCGAGGUGGUCAAGCUCAGCACUGCACUUACAAUAACCAUAAAAGUGGUCAGAAGAGACAGAGCUCUAUAUCCAACUGUAGCCUUGAGAGGAUCCGAUCAUGGAAAUAUGAUGCUGUCAUAAGGCCAGAAGAGCAAAUCCCAGCUUUAUUUCCAGAAGCAGGAAACGCCCAUGAAGAGCACUGUUACAACAACAGAGGCCAACAAUUGAACCAGCUUUCAAACGAAAGUACAAUAACCCCUAGCCAGGAUCUGGAAUUCGGUGCUUCGUAUGAGGUGCCUUCAUAUCAGAUCUCGAAUCCGGAAGAUACUUAUCAACCCGACCUGCCACUGGGACGUACAAUCGAAGACGGAAUUAACGGGAAUCCCAGUCUUAGUUCUCCAAGUGCUUCGUCUAAACAACACAAACACGAUGACAUUUUAAUUGACGAGACAUCUCAGUACUGUCCAUGCAGUAAGCAUGGCUUUACUCCAGACCAUACUCUCGAUACAUCCUUGUCAGAGGAGGAUUACGCUAUUGCUGACAUUGAUGAUGCCGCUCUUGCAGCAAUUGUAGAUCAAGCUGAGCUAUUAUACUUCUCUCCACAGCAAACCCCUCCCAAACCUUCCUCAAAAUUCAGACAGAUUCGCCCAUAUUCGCAUACGGCCGAGUUUGUUGAAGGACCUAGGCCCGCGGAUAGCGGCCCGCAACUUCAGUUCUCAGGACUGUUGAGCCCGUUGUCUCCGUUCCUGAGGCCUCCUCUCCCAAACGGCGUGACCAAUAUUAAGUCUCCCAUUCAGGGAUUGAACCCGAGCCCUAUAAUACGAACAUGUUUUCGUAUUAGCGAGGCACGCAAAGAUGGCCUCUCCUCAAGUUCUUUCUCCGCUCACGAGCCUGGUGUCCCAGCAAGUUCGCCAACUCGACCGCCAAUAUUAAUUGAACUCUAUGCUUUUGUUGAAGGGUCGUAUCGUCUCGGCGACCAUCAAUAUUUCUAUUUCACAGACUUGUUUUUUCCAUCGCAAAAGCCCUGUUUGCUAGGAAUAUGGACGGGCUGGGUUGGUAACCCCGUUUAUGAACAAUGUAGCCGUGAUUUUCUCGGCGUGGGUGGGAGGGAAUGGGGAAAUGGACGUCAGACUACGAACACAGGGAAACCGAGCAAGAUAACCGAAAGAAAAAUGUGUCGAGUGAUUGGAGCUAUCACUAUUGUGAAGGACCUUUCUAUUAUGAACCAUUACGCCCGUCUAGAAACGCUGCCUGCUUCUGGCACUCCCCAAAAAGCGUUACUAAUGACAGUUCGGAGCAUUCAUAAAGCCGAGCGGUCUGACGUGGAAUAUAUGAAAGGUCUCUUGGAGCCAUAG